AUGACAUGGGAUGAGCAUAGGGUUACGAGCAUCGACCUGGUGACUAACGACCCCGUCGUGAACCGGGAGACUGUCAAGAACGAGUUUAUCCGAUUCAUCGAGCUGUUCAAAACAACGCAUAAGGAGUAUUCCCAUGUUCUCUCGUCAAACAUCAACCAGGACAACUUUUCUCUGACAGUCAAGCUGGAGCACAUCUACCAGUACUCGGACCUUCUCUCCCGGGAGCUGUCUAGAAGGCCUGAAAGGGCAAUCGAAUGGUUUGAGGAGGCAGUAGCGGACAGAUACAACGUAAAGGGAGUGCAGGGGUUUCAGCUCUGCCUGGUCUCCGAUGGCAGGUGCAUACCCAUUAGAGAGAUAAAUGCAUCGAAAACAAACAAAAUAGUGAAGAUCCAGGGAAUAGUUGUUUCUGCAUCCUCUGUUAUCACAAAACCAAGGACGCUUUUCCUUGUCUGUAGAAAUUGCCUCAGCAGCAAGGAGGUAAUGGACAUGAUUCCAAGGAUGUGUGAUAAGACUGAAUGUCCACCUGAUCCCUACAUCGUCAUACCCGAGAAAAGCCAGGUGAUAGAUGUGCAGUAUGUGAAGAUCCAGGAGUUUUUUGAAGACAUCCCCGUCGGAGAAACUCCCAGGCACUUCAGCCUGGUUCUGGAGAAGAAGAUGGUCAAUAGACUGAUUCCUGGGUCCAAGGUUGUUAUUACUGGGAUUUACUGCAUGAGAAUGAUCAGAGACAGCUCUCUCCCGAUUGUGAAGGUGGUGGGCCUUGAGGAUAGGAGCCUCAAGACUUCAAAGAUGUUUACUGAAGAAGAGGAGGAAAGCUUCAAAAAACUCAGCAAGGCAGAUAUUUAUGAGAGGAUCUCUAGGUCUAUUGCACCUUCUGUGUAUGGGCACGAGGAUGUGAAGAGGGCUCUUGCCUGCAUGCUGUUCGGAGGAACCAGGAGAGUGCUUGAAGACAAGGUCACCUUAAGGGGAGAUAUCAAUGUUCUUCUUCUGGGAGAUCCAGGAAUGGCCAAGUCCCAGCUUCUGAAGUUCAUGGAGCUAGUGUCUCCCGUGGGUGUCUAUACCAGCGGAAAGGGAAGUUCCGCAGCAGGGCUGACGGCAAGCGUUAUAAGAGAUAGUGGUGGAGAGUUUUAUCUUGAGGGCGGCGCACUGGUGCUUGCAGACAACGGGAUAUGUUGCAUCGAUGAGUUCGACAAGAUGGACGAGCAUGACAGAGUUGCCAUCCACGAGGCCAUGGAGCAGCAGACAAUAUCAAUAGCAAAGGCUGGGAUAACAACCAUGCUGAACACCAGGACGAGCAUACUCGCAGCAGCAAACCCUGUUUUUGGAAGGUAUGAUGACUACAAGACGCCUGACGAAAACAUCGAGUUUGGAGCCACCAUCCUGUCGAGGUUUGAUUGCAUAUUUAUACUGAAAGACAAGCAUGGACCUAACGACAUUAUUCUUGCAAAGCAUGUGCUUUCUGUCCACCAAAACAAGGCCAGAGAAGAUAAUGAAUGCCAGAAUGGACUGCACGAUGACCAAGAAGAGCAAAUCUCCGGAAGCGACAGAUCCCCAGACAUCAUUCCAAUCCACACGAUCAAAAGAUAUGUCCAGUAUGCCAGGAGCAAGGUGUUUCCAACACUUUCUGAAGCAGCAUCGAAGCAGCUGUCAAGAUACUAUGUCAACACCAGGAAAGAGGUCAGACAGCUCGAGCAAAGCACCCUGAAGCGGAAUGCAAUCCCAAUAACGGUGAGGCAGCUGGAAGCAAUAAUACGGAUAGGCGAGUCACUUGCAAAGAUGGAGCUGAGUCAAAUUGUCACCGAAAAGCACGUGGAAGAGGCGAUAAGGCUCUUUAAAGUAAGUACAAUGAACGCAGUCUCUCAGGGGCAUAUGCUUGAAGGAAUGGUUCGCCCCGAUGUGAUCAACCACAUCGAGGAGAUAUGCAGCAGAAUAAGACUGCUUGUGCCAAUAGGGGGGUCGAUAAGGUACAGCGACCUUAUCAGGAAGCUUGGCGGAAAGGACGAGUGGGUGUGUAAGAAAGCUAUCGACUACAUGUGCAAGCAAGAAAAGCUGGUGGCUAGAGACAUGGGGAGGGUGUUGAUAAGGCAGCCUUAA